GCCCAAAAUUUAGAUGAUGAUGUGAGCCGCUAUAAGCCUAUUUGGGAGAUUAUUGAUGAGAAGUGGGAUAGGCAGCUACAUCGGUCAUUGCAGCAGCUGGUUAUUUCUUGAACCCAGAUUUUUUUUAUGCUGAUAGGGAUAUACACACAAAUGAUUGGAUUUAAUAAGGGUGUAGAUGUGCUAGUCCCUAAUCAGAAUAUCCAGGAUAUUAUAUGCGUUGAUGAGCUGAUAAGUUACAAGUGCGGAUUAAAGUCUUUUGGGAGUCCAAUGGCGAUGAGGCAAAUGACCAAAAUUGAUUCAGCCAAUUGGUGGAGCCAACAUGGGUGUAGUGCUACAAAUUUGCAAAAGUUGGCCAUUCGAAUCUUAAGCCUAAUCACUACCUCGUCUAGUUGUGAGCGGAAUUGGAGUACUUUUGAGAUGAUUCAUACAAAGAAAAGGAACAAGCUUAAAUCUAAGAGGCCCGAUGACCUAGUUUAUGUCAAGUAUAAUUGAUACUUGAAGGACAAGUUUGCUAAGAGAGAUAACAGAGACCCCCUCAGAUCAAAAAAUAUGGAGAAUGAUAUGGAGUGGUUGGUUGAUGAUAAUCAGGUCGAGGGGCAUGAAGGAUUGACAUGGGAUAUGGUCAUGGAGGCCUCCUGGACAUCUGCCAACCCUCCUAGGGCCACUAGAUCUUCUUCCCAGAGGGCAAGGGUGGAGAAAGAGGAUGAAGCAGAGGCAAUUUAGAAGAGACAGAGGAGGACAACCAUUAUGUCGAGGAGGGAGAUGAUUCCGAUGAUGAUGGCUUGGACUCCGAUGCAUAUGAUGUAGAUGCAUCUGACCCUACUUUUUCUGAUGAUAACUGAUGAAUGAUGAAUGAUGGAUGAUGAUUGAAGAUUCUUUUGAGUCUUCAAGUCUAUAUACUAUAUUUUUUUCAUUUUCUUUGUCCUCCUCUUAGUUGUGUAUUGUGGAUUUGUGGUUCAUUGGUUUGGUAACUUUGGUUUGUUUUAAGUUUUAAUUAUGUGUGGAGUGUGAAGUGUGGAGUGUGGACUAUGGAUAAUUGGA